GCUAGCACAGUAUAAUGUACCUAAGUGGGACCAACAGCUGCAGGAUAAACCCUGCCCUUGUUUUAGCCUGAAUGGAAAUACACUUGGCAUCUUUCACUAAGGCCACUGGGGUGUCAAACAAAACACAUGGUAUCUUUAUCUUGAGCUGUAUUCAGUUAGACACAGCUCCAGCUUCUUCAUACUGUUUUUACAUGUGGGGGAAUAGUAAGUUAUGCAUUUGCUCUAUUCUAUGCAGUAUUUACGGAUAGCACACCAAUGGAAGCACAUACAAAACGGAAAAAAAACUUUAUGUUAAGUAAUUAUGUUUAUGAACAAAAAAGGGACAUUUGUUACCCUCUUCAGACACCAGUCUGUGGUAAAAGGGGUAAAUGCGCUGCCUCCAGAGGACAGGCUGCUGAAGUUUUUGGUGGAUAAUUCUGUCGACUGCGAAGAAGCAGUGCAGUGUGCCAACUGUGACUGGGAGUGCAAGAAGCAGGAUGUGGAUGCAAUGUAUUAUUGCAACACUUGUAACCAGCCCUUGUGUAGAGACUGCAGGGAAGUUACCCACAAAGCCAAGAUGUUCUCACGUCAUGAAAUUGUCUCCCUGGCCAAGCGCACCAAAGAAGCCCAUAAAAAGUGUGCCCUCCAUGAAGAACUAUACAUCAUGUUCUCGACAGAAAAAAAGUCCAUGCUUUGCAUCAACUGUUUCAGAGACAUGCCAGUGGAGAGCAGAGCACACUGCAUUGAUAUUGAGACAGCGUAUAUGCAAGGCUGUGAGAAACUGGACCAAGCCGUCUUAGCUGUGAAGGAGCUCCAGACAUCAGCACGGGAGGCCAUUAUCCUGUUGAAGGCUAUGAUUGGAGAAGUGCGUGCUAAUGUGGAGGAGGAGGAGACUGCCCUUUGCACUCUUUUUAACAGCAUGCAGGAAAAGCUGGCUGAGAGAAAAAGGGUUUUACUAAAGGCAGCUCAAAGUCAGCACGAGGAGAAGGAAAGAGCUUUUAAGGAGCAGCUGUCUCACCUUGCAGCACUCUUGCCAACUCUCCAAGUCCAUCUGGUUACAUGCUCUGCCUUCCUUAGUUCAGCAAACAAAUUUGAGUUUCUAGACAUGGGUUAUCAACUGAUGGAGAGGCUGAAGAAGAUUGUCAAGCUGCCUCACAGGCUAAGGCCAGCCCAGAGUAGUAAGAUCAACACUGAGUACCGGUCUGAAUUUGCCCGCUGUCUGGAGCCUCUCUUGCUGCUGGGCCAUCGGCGAUCCGUGUCCACAGCAGGCAGUGUUUCAGGACUGGGCCUAGGCAACAGUAGUGUACUGCUGCCGUCAUCACUCUCGGUCACAUGUCACUCUCCUGUGGUCAGCGACGUGUCGUUGGGCUCAUCGGUGGUACACAAGCCUACCUCCCAUCGCUACAUCAGCACUAAAGUGCUGCUGGCUGAGGGCGGAGAAAGUUCCUUCACAGACCACUGCCGCAACUACGAGACCACCUACAGGAGUUUGCAGACCGAGAUCCAGAAACUUAAAGACCAGGUGCAGGAGAUUCACCGGGAUUUAACCAAACAUCAUUCCCUCAUAAAGACUGACACUAUGAGUGAGAUCCUGGACAGGUCUCUGCAGAUGGACAGUGAGAUCUCCUCAGAAUAUGCCUCUGUGGAGAUGAUGAGAGCUAUGUUUGAGGAGAUAUGGGAGGAGACAUAUCAGAGAGUAGCAAAUGAGCAAGAAAUUUAUGAAGCACAACUUCAUGACUUGCUUCAAUUAAAACAAGAGAACUCCUACCUGACUACUAUCGCUCGGCAAAUAGGUCCCUAUAUCCGCUCCAUAGCAAAGGUGAAAGAACGACUAGAGCCAAGGCUGAAGGAGCCUAAGGAACUUAAAGAUGACCGCACUGAGAGCAUGCUGAAAAUUUAUGAGGAUAGCACCAUGUCAGCUGAUCCCCAGCACAGCAAUGAGCUGGCUUGUGCUCACGAGGACUAUCGUGCUCUAAACAGCCGAUUAGAUGACUCCAGUCCCAAAAACAAGGACCUGUAUAGGCUGAGCAAGAACAAAUGCACAACUGACACAGGCCACUGUGCGCCUGUGAAACCACAACUCAGUUAAUUAAGUGGAGGGCAAA